CGCCGCGGGCCUGCCCGAGCGGCUGGGCGGGGAUUGCAGCCGGGACCGGGCGGCGGCGAGGGGACCCGCGGUGACCACGGCGCGGAGCGGGCGGCGGAGCCAUGGCAGGCUGCUGCUCCGUGCUCGGGGCCUUCCUGUUCGAGUACGACACGCCGCGCAUCGUGCUCAUCCGCAGCCGUAAAGUGGGGCUCAUGAACCGCAUGGUGCAGCUGCUCAUCCUGGCUUACGUCAUCGGAUGGGUGUUCGUGUGGGAAAAGGGCUACCAGGAAACGGACUCCGUGGUCAGCUCGGUGACAACCAAAGCCAAAGGUGUGGCUGUGACCAACACUUCUCAACUUGGAUUCCGGAUCUGGGACGUGGCCGACUAUGUGGUUCCAGCUCAGGAGGAAAACUCUCUCUUCAUCAUGACCAACAUGAUCAUCACUGUGAACCAGACGCAGGGCACCUGUCCAGAGAUUCCUGAUAAGACCAGCAUUUGUAGUUCAGACGCCAACUGCACUCGCGGCUCCGCGGACACCCACAGCAGUGGAAUCGGGACUGGAAGGUGCGUUCCAUUCAAUGAGUCUGUGAAGACCUGUGAGGUGGCUGCAUGGUGCCCCGUGGAGAACGACGCUGGCGUGCCAACGCCAGCUUUUUUAAAGGCUGCAGAAAACUUCACCCUCUUGGUAAAGAACAACAUCUGGUACCCCAAGUUUAAUUUCAGCAAGAGGAACAUCCUCCCCAACGUCACCACCUCCUACCUCAAGUCGUGCAUUUACAAUGCUCAGACGGAUCCCUUCUGCCCCAUAUUCCGUCUUGGCAAAAUCGUGGAGGAUGCGGGCCACAGCUUCCAGGAUAUGGCAGUUGAGGGAGGCAUCAUGGGUAUCCAGAUCAAGUGGGACUGCAACCUUGACAGAGCUGCCUCCCUCUGCCUGCCCAGAUAUUCCUUCCGGCGCCUCGACACCCGGGACCUGGAACACAAUGUGUCUCCUGGCUACAAUUUCAGGUUUGCCAAGUACUACAGGGACCUCGCUGGCAACGAGCAGCGCACACUCACCAAGGCGUAUGGCAUCCGCUUUGACAUCAUCGUGUUUGGAAAGGCUGGGAAGUUUGACAUCAUCCCUACCAUGAUCAACAUUGGCUCCGGCUUAGCGCUCCUAGGGGUGGCGACAGUGCUCUGUGACGUCAUUGUCCUCUACUGCAUGAAGAAGAGAUACUACUACCGGGACAAGAAGUAUAAGUAUGUAGAAGACUAUGAACAGGGUCUUUCCGGGGAGAUGAACCAGUGAUGCGUAAGCCUACGUUUCAACCCCCCUUGGCCCAUGAAGCAGAAAGAUGGGAGACAUGGCUGCUGCAUCUGCCACUCAAGAGAAAGUUCCAGAGUUUAACUCAGUCUCUAUUCCACAAAUACUCAGGGUUGCCCAAGCACAUCUUGUAUUGUUUUCGAGCCUGGGUCUUGCUCUGCAGCUCAGAUGGGCUCCCGAGUCAAGAUCCUCUUGCUUCAAUCUCCAAGAGUGCUGGGAUCACACUCGUCCACGACAGUACCCAUUUCCCGUGGGAGUUCUGGCAUAUUUUUACGUUUUACCAUUUCACUGUAUACAUCUCAGGCUGGCCUCAGACUCAAGACAUUCUUCCCCUAUACACCCUUUAAAUCUCACUGUGGAGAGGGGGUGCGUUUGCACACUACGUACAGUGGAUUUCUGGUGUGCUGUUGGCUAGGUCACCUGAUGCUUAUACAGUGUGAGCAUAUGGGGUUGAGAGGAGUCUCAGAGCAGGGACACUGCUGUGGCCUGUGGACAGGCCCAGUCCUCUGAGGGGCAGCAGCUCCGUCCAAGCACCUUAUAAGGAAAGAGGUUCUCCCAGGUGCUGUCAGCAGGCCUGGGACAUUAGUCCUCUUCUCUAUGACCAGAGAAGUUGUCCUUGUAACAAAGGCAGAGUUAGCUUUUCCUUUCAUAAGGGCUGUGUUGAAAUGACCUAGGACCAAACAUUAAAAGAAACGAUUUUUUUUAAAAAAAAGA